AUGUCCCACGAAGACAAUGGCAUCAGUGUCAAAGACACAAACCAGACUUCCUCCUCCAGCGAUGAUAUCGACACCGGCCGCUUUGGUCCCCUGGCGCAUAUCAACACCGCCGAAAGUCGCUACGCAGCCUUCGGUGGUGAGGCUCAACCGGGUCUAUGGCGCGCCCCUAAGGAUCGCAAGAUUGCCAAUCCGGCGCCACUGGGACUGUGCGGCUUUGCUCUGACGACGUUCAUUCUUGGAUGCAUCCAGAUGGAUGUGCGCGGUGUCACGCAGCCGAAUAUUCUUGUUGGGCCUGCGUUGGCUUAUGGUGGCUUUGUGCAGCUUUGUGCAGGGAUGUGGGAAAUGGCUAUCGGUAAUACAUUCGGUGCAACUGUCCUCUCUUCCUACGGUGGAUUCUGGAUGUCCUUGGCUAUAACCUUCAUCCCCGGUGGAUUCAACAUCAUGGGUGCGCUCGAAAAGGCAGAUGGUGGUUCACCUCUUAUGUUCUACAAUUCUUUUGCUCUGUACCUCAUGGGCUGGUUCAUAUUCACAACAAUUAUUUUGUUCCUAACCCUCAAAUCCACUGUCGCCUUCUUCUCCCUGUUCUUCUUCGUUGACCUUGCGAUUCUGAUGAUCGCCCUCGGAUACUUUUAUCCUACCGGUGAAUUACCCAAUGCCAAUUUGCUCAAAGCUGGAGGACUGUUUGCGCUUCUUGGGGCUUUCUUGGCUUGGUACAAUGCCUUUGCUGGUAUUGCUGAUAGCAGCAAUAGCUUCUUUUUACCUCCUGUUGUGCAUUUCCCUUGGUCUGAGAAGAGACGUUCUGCUAGGAUGAAUGAGAAAAGUGUAGUGUGA